AUGGCAGCGACACGCCCCACCACGUGCGGACCGACUGCGGCGUCGUUCGCUGUACUAUUGGUGGCUGCGGCUACGUGCGUGACGGGGGCGUCGGCUGCCCACAACUUGUCGGACGUGCAGUGCGGCCGGCAGUGGUCGCCGGGUCGUCGCGGCGCGCGCAUCGUGGGCGGCGAGUCUGCGGCCCCCGGGGAGUUCCCCUGGCUGGUGUCCAUCACGCGCCAGGGCGGACACUUCUGCGGCGGCACGCUGCUCACGCGCCGCUGGGUCGUCACCGCCGCGCACUGCAUGUGCAGCGGCAGCGUGGAGCUGCCCAUCUCGCAGGUGCGCGUCUCCGUGGGCGCGCACGACCUGUCGGCGGCGCACCGUGGCGGCGGCGGCGGCCCGGCGCUGGCGGUGGAGCGGCUGCUGGUGCACCCCGGCUACCGCUGCCGCAAGUUCGCGCACGACGUGGCGCUGCUGCGGCUCGCCGCGGAGGUGCGCUGGCGACCCGACUCGGCGUGGCCCGCCUGCCUGCCGGCGCCCUCCGGGUCGCCAGGGUCCUCCAGCUUCUCGGGCCGUGAGGCCACGGCCGCCGGCUGGGGCUGGAUGCAGGAGAACCAGGGCGUGCGCGCGGACGUCCUGCAGAAGGUGAAUGUGCAAGUAGUGGACAACGAGCAGUGCCGUGAUUGGUACAAAUCUCAAGGCAAGAAGACCAAAAUACUGGACUCGCAGAUCUGUGCUGGCUUCGAAGUCGGAGGCAAAGACUCCUGCUGGGCGGACAGCGGCGGCCCGCUGAUGGUGGCGGACGGAGAGCUGACCACGGUGGUGGGCAUCGUGUCGACGGGCAUCGGGUGCGCGCGGCCGCGCCUGCCCGGCCUCUACACGCGCCUCUCCGACUACGUCCUGUGGAUACAGGAGCACGUGCGCGAGCCCUAGCCCCCGCCGCUCUCCACCAGCUGGGACCCACUGACAGGUGCCGGACCGCCGAGGACUUGACUGCGCUGCGAAUCUGCUGCGGCGGCGCGACCGUCGCGCGGGAAACUUCAUUUCUUCUGCGUCAUCUUAAAGGACAAUCAGGCACAUCAGCUCGAUAGAGAACCCCUUUUCUAACGAAAUAGUCUCCAUUCUUCGGAAGUGGAUUACGUCAUUAUUCUCCACACUUAUUCCCUCUAAUGCCCAGCCCUCUGUAGACCGAUUUAAAGUAGUUGGCGUUUGACAGCUAGCGUGCUAGUCUGCUACCUCUAGCAAUACACCAGUGGGAGCUGUGCUGGCAUUAUGGCCACUUCCUCUGCGUAAAGUAUAAUGCUUAUCAAUUCUCAAGUAGAAAACUUACACGGAUACGAAAAUGAGCCUAUUCCACGAAAAAAAACUAACUCCGUCCCUAAUUAAAAUGAAAAAAAUAUUUUUGACACCCUUAGAGUCACUAUAGGUAUUUUAUACCAUAUACGAAUUACAGAUUUUUUAGCGACUUCAAACUUAAUACCUGUUUCACGUUAAAAACUAAUAUAAUCGCAAGAAAACGCCGUUUCCCAAAGCUUGUACGUACCAAAGAAAUGCCGUAGAUAACUUUGGAAAGACCGGUCUUUUCGUAAUCAGCAAAAACAAAAUAGUGUUUCAUCGAGUUAAAUAGUUUACGAGAUGUGACGGAAUAAAUUUAAAGCUGGUUUCCAGACGGGAAAUUGUUACCGGGUAUAAAAAAAAUUAACUUAUUUGUGAAUUAAAACUUCUCGGUUUACAAGCAGCAAAACUUCAAAUAAAACACUCCAGCUUUCGACGACUGUCCCCGCCACCAUCAUCAGGAGUAAAAGCCACUGAGCGCAGUAGCCGGCACAGUGUUUCACUUAUAUAGGCCUCACAGAGGCAUUUGAAAUCUUCCGGAGGGGGCCGAAGCCACGCUUGCGCGCAAAACGCUUUAGGCAGCUCAUAGCAGCUGCGGUCCGCCCAACACUAACAGAACAUUAAGGUGGUGCUGAUCCGCCGCGGGACCAGUAAAGUCAGGUGGUGCAACGCGGGGCUCAAUAGAAAUACGGGCCCUUCAUCGAAUCUGUGACGUCAUACUACUCGGCUUGUCCGUCGCACUUCGUGAUCGCUAUGCUCCGUGCAGGGCCCACAAGAAAUCAAUAUGUAAGUGAAAAAGAGAGCUUGCACGUAUUUAAACGCGCCGUCAGGAAUUAUUAAACUCCUCUGAAACAGUUACUCGCUCUCCGCCGGAGAGCACUGGCACUCGUGCUGUGAUGUACGCGAUAUGGCCUGCCUUCUUCGUGGGCCUCUGUGCGUCAGGACGGCGCCAGGUCUGCGGCUGUCGCUCUCGCCUACCUACAAGCGUCAAGCGUCCAUUUUUGCUUUCAUUCAGUAUACAGUGUCCGCCCCCAACAUAUUUCUAGCUUUAAUUAAAAAUAAGAAUAAAAUUUAGACUUCCUUAGUCACUACAGUGGCCUAUGCCAUAUGUGAAUUUCCUUACGCGAGUUUAAUAGAUUAAAGCGAUUGUCUAUCACCACUUAAAGUGGAGUGCUGUGGCGCCUACCUGGUGACAAUAUUUGUCGGGACAACGUCGCAACUUCGGCACUUUAAAAUUCAGAUGCCAACUAAUUUAAAUCAAACUGUAAUGAGCUCUAUCUCGGCGAGAUGCCAGACUCUCUCUCAUUCAACUCACCCCCCUCCCCCCUCCUCUCUCGCUCUCUCGCUCUCUCUAUCUCUCUCUCUCUCUCUCUCUCUCUCUCUCUCUCUCUCACACACACACACA